AUGGAGGACCGGGUGGCAAUCCAAGCUUUCCUUGCAUCACUUUGUUACGGGGCGCUCUACUACGACCUCAUAGUUAAUCCCCCCCGAACCUAUGAGGAGGCCAUCACCAGAGCCAAACAUCAUGCAGAUGCCACCGAAGCUAACAUGGCAAAGAGACGCGAUGAGCAGCCAGUCAAUCGGGACAGAGGCCACGAUCAAAGGAAAAAUAAACCACCGUUCAGACACGUCAAACAAUACAAUCGACCAGAAGAUGUACCACGUUUCACUCCGUUGAACAGACUCCUGGUGGAAGUCUUGCAGUUUGCCGAGCAAUGCAAUCUGAUCCACCCACCGGAGCCGAUACCCGAGGGGGAGGACAAGAGAAAGUAUUGUGCUUUCCACAGAGUCAAGGGACACAAUACUUCGGAGUGCAUGGCCUUGCGCAUGCUCAUUGAACAACUCAUUCAGAAGGGAGAGUUGAGGCAAUUUGUGAUGAAGGAGGAUAGAAAUCAAGGAAAAACGGAAAGGAAUGUGAUGAAAAGGAAUCCCGAAAAGCACGACAAGGCAUUCGUCCCACCCGAGUCAGCUGAUGAGAAGGCGGUCGGAAAGAAACCAGUGAUCCACGUCAUCUACGGGGGCCCUGAAGGAGGCGACUCUUCACGACAAAGGAAGCAUUGGGCGAGAAACUUAUACGUUGGGACGAUUCAUUCGGAACCUCGAGAGAAGAGAAAGCGUACAGAGCCAAUACUUUUCACUGACGAUGAUCUACCUCUCCAUGGGGAAGCCCAAAAUGAUCCACUCGUCAUCACACUAGAUGUCAACGGAACGGAUGUCCAGCGGGUGUUGGUUGACACGGGGAGCUCGGUGAACAUCUUAUAUUUUGAUGUCUUUGCUCGAUUUGGUCUGUCCACCGAUCAGUUAACCCCAAUUCGGACCCCGCUGUCUGGUUUCACUGGUGACUCCAUAGAAACAGAGGGAGUCAUCAGCUUGAAUAUGGAGUUGGGCAGCCAAACAAACAUAUUGAAGACUACCAUGGACUUUGUGGUAGUGAAAUUGAAGUGUGUUCACAACGCCAUACUUGGGCGACCAGGUAUCACUCGCGUAGCUGCUAUUAUAUCCAUGAACCACUUGUGCAUGAAGUUCCAUACACCUAAUGGGGUUGGAGUGGUUCGAGGAGACCAACGUGCUGCUCGACAGUGCUAG